GCGAUCAACUCUGAAUUACCCCUUCAGUUUGGAGGAGAGAAGGGAAAGGGGAGACAUGAUAGAAACUUUCACAUACACCAAGGGUUUUAACAAAGUCCAGGAGGCAAACAUUCUUCAAAGGAAGAGAAGUAUUAGAACUCAAGGACAUACACUGAAAAUGGAGGGAGAAAGGUUUAGGGGAAAUGUAAGGAACAAUUACUUCACAGAAAGGGUAGUGGAUAAGUGGAAUAGCCUCCCAGCAGUGGUGGUAGAAGCUAAGACGGUAGAGCAAUUUAAACACGCAUGGGAUAGGCAUAUGAAUGUCCUUACAAAUAAAUAAGGUUAAAAAAGGGCUGAGAUUGCCUAGAGGAUGAAAAAAGGGGCAGACUAGAUGGGCCGAGUGGUUCUUAUCUGCCGUCACAUUCUAUGUUUCUAUAAUGUUUUGCCUCAAUCUGGAAUCCAAGUCUGGUGGGAAUAUCCAAGCCGUGGCUCAGGAAGACUCAGAUCCCGAAAGUUUGGAGCGGCUCAGAUUCCAGAUACUUGCUCCGAGCCUCCGGUACCUGCAGGCAAUUCUUAUCCUAACGACCACAAUGAAUUUCAAAAUUUCCACCAGCAGUUGGUUGAGUAUGAAAUGUAUGAGCUGAGGAGGGUUUACAAGUAUUUCUGGAAUGACCUAAUCUACGUUGUGGAAUGUUUGGACACUCACAGCCUCCUGAGGGAACUAAAGUCACGGACUCCACUUAAUCUAGAGAGCUACCCAAAAAUGAAAGAAGACCUUGGCGUCACCAGAUUUUCUACACAGUUGGUACAUGACAUUUUCAAGGAAGGAAGAGAUGCUGUUCUUGGAUUUUGGGAAAGCCUUCAUGCAGUACAAAGGGAUCACCCACAUCCUAAUUGGAUUGAGAUUUUGAGUGAAUUAAUCAAUACAGGUGAUACGCUGGUGCAGCAGAUCCUGCUGGAUAAAAACGGGCACAACUUGCCCCCAGAGGUGAAAGAUAUUCAGGAAAGGCAUAGGCAACAUCUUCUGGAGAAAACUCAGAGCUACGUGGAACACAAACCCCCAGGGUCUACCCAGGAACAGCAACAGUUCUACAUUUCUGAACGUUACAUCAAAUUGAUUGUUGUCUCUACCGAUCAUUUCAGACAGCGUCCUCAGAAUGAGCUGGUGCACACUGGGCAGAAACACGAGAAAUACUUAAAGAAGCAACAGAAUGAGCUGAAACAUAUUUAUCUCGAUAGGUUGUUCCACUGGUGUCACGAAUCAAAAUGUGUGCCACAUAGAGUAAUGGUGAGCGGAGUACCGGGCAUUGGGAAGACCACACUGAUGCAGAAGUUUGUCUAUGACUGGGUGCAUAGAAAACUCUAUCAGAGAUUUGCCUUUGUCUUCUUCUUCAAAUUCCGUGAGCUGAACAGACUGGAGAAGACCAGCUUGGAGGAGAUGGUCCUUCAGCAAUAUCCAUACCUUCAGAGUCAGCUUGGAAAUAUCUUACAGGAUCCAGAAAAACUGCUCUUUAUAUUUGAUGGCUUAGAUGAAAGCAUUCACCAAAUGGAUUUCACAUCAAAGAAAGUGUGCAGCAAUCCAAAACAGGUGGAAGAUACAAACACAAUUGUUGGUUGCUUAUUGAAAGACUUUCUUCUUAAGGGUUGCUCUGUGCUAAUGACCAGUCGUCCAACCAAACUAGUAGCAAUUGAUACUAAUGUCUUCCAACGAGUAACUGAAAUUAUGGGCUUCUUUUUUAGGGAAAGACAGAUGUACUUUGAACAUUUCUUCAGAAACAAGGAACUGUCGGAGAAGGCGUUUGAUUAUGUCAGGGAGAAUGACGCACUCUACACUUUCUGUUAUAUCCCAUCCUACUGUUGGAUCAUCUGUACGGUACUAUCAAUGUGCUUCAAGGCCCAACCGGCAAACCAUGAGCAGCUGAUGUUAAUAUUGCCCAAAACAGUAACUCAACUCUUUGGGACUUUUGUCGCCAACAUUCUGUCCAAUCACAGCCAGGAUAAAUGUGGUGCUCGCGAACUGGUGAAGUCCAUUGGGUGGAUGGCAGAACAUGGAGUAAUGAAUCAUCUUCUUAUAUUUGAUAAGCGAGAUUUGGGAUCUUUCAGUAUAGAUGAUUCCUCCCGUCUCUUGUCAAGUUUCAUGAUGGAAUCUGACCAACCACCUAAUAUCACCUAUUCCUUCUUACAUCUCACCAUCCAGGAGUUCCUUGCAGCAUUGUUUCACUAUCUUGAUAAUUGUCCGGAAAAGUUGAAAAAGUCUCUACAGAAAGCCCAAUCUUUUGAAGACUGUCGUGGGGAAGUUUUUGUUCGUUUUCUUUGUGGUCUAUCGGAUGUGUCCACCAGAUCCAUUCUGAAACCUUACCUAGGAGAAUUCACCAGUCAGUCAUCCAGGGACGUCAUCACCUGGCUUCAGAAACAUCGCCAUGAAUUAGAUGCUCUACUCACAAAUGAACAGGACAAAAGGAAGACUCUGAAUUUAUUCACCUAUUUCUAUGAAUCUAAAAAUAAGGCUCUAGUAUAUGAAACUCUCGGACCCAACAGAAAAUUAGAUUUUAAUCGUUUCUCCUUGACGCCUCUUGAUUGCACAGUCUUGUCAUUUAUUCUUGAGUCCUGCAGACAUACAGAGGAGCUCGAUGUUAGCAGUUGCUCAAUUGCAAAUGAGGGACUGGAGAGGCUUGCUCCAAAUCUACACACAGUUGUAGACCUCAGAAUGUCUGGUAAUGGUCUGACGGAGAGUGUGUGUUCCCUGCUGGCAUCUGCAAUACCUAGGAACCUGUCACUGAGGGAACUUACAUUGUCGGGUAACAAGAUAGCUGGUCCUCCCUUCCAUGACAUGAUAACAGCUCUAUCCAGUCCAACAUGCAAAAUGGAGAAACUAGAAUUGAGUAAUACCGGCCUGACAGACGACUUCUCACCCCGGCUGGCAUUUCUUAUCAGUAACAAUCAUUUCCUGAAGGAGAUUGGCCUGUCCGAUAACGCACUGGAGGGGCCUCACUUCGGUGAGUUGAUGAGGACACUGGCAAGCCCAGAGUGCAGGCUAGAACAUAUGAGUUUGACCAUUGAUGAUUUUACAGAGAAUUCUUGUUCACAGUUAAUGUCGGCAAUAACCGGUAACCAAUCUCUACGUCAGUUUUCUCUGUGUAGUAAUAAUAUGGAUGAAUCUCAAUUUGGUGCAUUGCUGACAGCGCUCUCAAGUCCGAAGUGCAGUCUAUCAAGGUUUAUUUUCGUUAGUUAUGGUUGUCAUUUCAUAUAUUGCUCACCAGCAAGUGAAGAUCGCUUACAGAGAGAACUUUUUAUAAAUCUGAACAAUGCGGAAAAAUUUAGUUAUGUGAUUGCAGCUUUGUACAGUCCAACAUGCAAGGCGAAGGAUUUGAGUGUGAUAUUGUACAAUAAUACGGAUUACAGCAUCCACGCCCUCCCAGGAGCCGGAACCCCUUCCCAGACGACGUAUGAGCUGGUUAUACAUACAAAUACAGCCUUUUCUUCUGUGAUCUCAGUGCUGAGUGAUAUAGCAUGCAGGAUGGAACGUUUAAAUGUGAAGAGUAAUAUCCUGGAAGUGGGAGAUUACCCGCAGCUGACAGCUGCAAUAGGUGACAACCAGUCGCUGAGGACACUGAUCCUGUCUGGUACAACACUGGUGGCUUCUUAUUUCAGUGACUUGGUGACCGCUCUGUCCAGACCAACCUGCAGGAUCGAGGAAUUAAUGCUCCAGGAAACCAGUCUGGGAAAUGAGCACCUGCCCAUGCUGGCUUCUCUAAGUAAGAACCUAAACUUCACUCAUGUGGACCUGAGCUGUAACCACUUCUCAGAUGCUGGCUACCACCACAUCGAGACACUGAUACAGAGCUCAGCCAGCCUGAAGAAGAUCCGGGUGGAUUUCAACAAUUUUUCUGAAAGUACAAGAACACUUUUAAAAAAUCUUGAAUGUGAGAGGCCAGGUUUGGAGGUUUUCACAAUGGAGACAUUCCGUGGAAAAGUUGUUUCUGAUGAGGACAUAUGGAAAUUCCGCCAGCAGCUUUCUACAUAUGAAGACUCAGAGCUGAGGUUGAUAUAUGAGUAUCUGGAAGAAGAUCUGAUGUACGUUGUGGAGAUUAUAGCUGAGGACAUUAUAAGGGAGCUAAGCUCUCGGAACAUCCUGAAUGCUGAGUAUUGUGCAGAAUUGCUGAAAACACACGGUGCCUCUGUAUUUGCUCAUCUGCUAAUACAAGACAUUUUGGACAAGGGAAGAAAAGCUGUGAUUGGUUUCUGGGAAAGUCUCUAUGUCCUACAGGCUGAUCACCAACAUCCUAAUUUACUGGCAGUAUUGGAUGAGAUCAGUCAUGCAGGUCAAACGUUAGUGGAGCAGAUUCUGUUGGACCAACAUGGACACCCACUGCCUGCGGAGAUUAAAGAAAUUCAGAAUCAUCACAAGGAACACCUGUAUGAGAAAACGCAAAAACUGAUAGAGUUCAGUGCGCCAGGAUCUAACAAAGAUCCUCAACAUGUUUCCAUUUCUGACCACUAUUUGGAUCUGGUUCUCAUCUCCAGCCAGAAUUUCAGAAGUCGCUCUCAACACGAGAUUAUAGACACUGGAGGGAAACACGAGUAUAACUUGAAGAAAGUCCAGAGUUCAUUGGAACGCAUUGCCCCCAGGAGACUGUUUCGCUGGUGCCAUAGAUCAGGAUGUAGUCCUCGAAGAGUAAUGGUGAGCGGAGUCCCGGGAGUUGGGAAGACCACGCUGAUGCAGAAGUUUGUCUAUGACUGGGUGCAUGGAAAGCUCUAUCAGAGAUUUGCUUUUGUCUUCCUCUUCAAAUUCCGGGAACUUAACAGAUUGGAUGAGGUCAGCCUGGUGGAGAUGAUUCUUGAACAAUAUCCCUAUCUUCAGAAACACCUAGAAACCAUUUUACAGGAUCCAGAAAAACUGCUUUUUAUAUUUGAUGGUUUAGAUGAAUGUAAUUACCAAAUGGAUUUCUCAUCAAGUCAGAAUUGUACCAAUGUAAAAUGGCGAAAACACGUGACAGUGAUUGUGGUCAGUUUGUUGAGACAGUCUCUUCUCAAGGGUUGUUCUGUGCUAAUCACCACCCGCCCAACCAAGCUGUCAUUAAUAAAUACCGAUCUUUUCCAACGAGUUUCUGAGAUUAUGGGAUUCUUCCCCAAAGAACGAGAGACGUACUUUGAACAAUUCUUUGGAAACAAGGAACUGUCGGAGAAGGCGUUUCAUUAUGUGAGGGAGAAUGACGCACUAUACACUUUCUGUUAUAUCCCAUCCUACUGCUGGAUCAUAUGCACGGUACUAUCAAUGUCCUUCAAAGCUCCAACAGCAAACACUGAUCAGAUGUUUUUAUUGCCCAAAACAGUGACACAGCUCUUUGUGGUUUAUGUCACUAACAUUUUGAAAAAUCACAGUCAUGAUGCAGACAAUGCUCGGAAACUCCUAACAUCCAUCGGGCUGAUGGCAGAACAUGGAAUGAUGAAUCACAGUCUUGAAUUUGAUAGAAGAGAUUUAGGUUCAUUCAAUGUGGACACAUCCUCAAAACUCAUGACCAGUUUUUUGUUCGAAUCUACCCAACCUCCUAAUUUGACUUUUUCAUUUUUACAUCUCAUAAUACAAGAGUUUAUUUCUGCGUUAGUCCACUAUCUUGACUAUUCUCCCGAGAGGCUAAAGAAAUCCCUAGAAGAAACCAGAUCUUGUGAAGAUGGCCGUGCUGAAAUAUUCUGUCGGUUUCUCUGUGGUCUGUCCGAUAGGUCGACCAGGUCUCUCUUAACACCUUAUUUGGGAGAGCUCUCUCAGCAAGCCUCCACAGAUGUCAUCAGUUGGCUUUCGAAUAGUAUUUCACUGGAUGAUGAACCCAUGGAAGAUGACGCUGAAGAUCAUGACAAUUUGAAGAUUGAAAAGCGCCUGAAUCUGUUUGCUAACUUCUUUGAGUCCCGGAACAAAGCUUUGGUGUCAAAUAGUCUUGUAGCAAAAGUAAAUCUAGAUUUUUCAAAAAUCCACUUGACACCUGUGGACUGCACCGUGUUGGCUUUUGUCCUUGAGUCUUUCAAAGAGGUUGAAAGCCUUAAUCUAGAUGCCUGUUUUAUUCACAGCGAGGGACUGGAGAGAUUAGCACCCUUUCUUCAUCACAUCCGGGAUCUCAGGCUGUCCAACAAUGACCUGAUUGAUAGCGAUACUGAGCGAUUAUAUAAAAUACUAGCACAUCCACAGUGCCGGAUCCAGAAACUAAGCCUGAGGAAGAACUCUCUGACAGAGAAAUCCUGCACAGCGUUGGCUCGUGCAAUAAGUAGUAACCAGAGUCUGCAGGAACUCGACCUCUCACAGAACAAUCUGGCCGGGACACACUUCUGUGAACUGAUCACCGCUGUCUCCAGUGACACGUGCAGGAUAACACGUGUGUCGCUCCAGCAGGUGAAGAUGACCGAUGAAUAUUCCCAUUUACUGCCGUCACUGAGUAACAACAAAAACCUCACACACCUGAAUCUGAGCCAUAAUUUCUUCUCCAAUGCCAGCGCCGAGCACAUCCAGGAUCUUAUACUGAAAUCAGACAGCCUAAAGGAGAUCAGGAUUGAAGUAAAUGAUUUCUCUAAGGGAACAGAAGAAUAUUUAAAACAGCUGGAAUCCUGCAAACCCGGGUUACAAGUUAUUUCUAGGACAAUGGAGACAUUCCGGGGAAAAGUGGUUUCUGAUGAGGACAUAUGGAAAUUCCGCCAGCAGCUUUCUAAGAAUGAACACUCAGAGCUGAGGAUGAUAUAUGAGUAUCUGGAAGAAGAUCUGAUGUACGUUGUGGAAAUUAUGGCUGAGGACAUUAUAAUGGAGCUAGGCUCUCGGAACAUCCUGAAUACUGAGCGUUAUGCAGAAUUGCUGAAAACACUUGGUUCCUCUACAUUUGCUCAUCUGCUAAUACAAGACAUUUUGGACAAGGGGAGAGAAGCUGUGAUUGGUUUCUUGGAAAGUCUCUAUGUCCUACAGGCUUAUCACCCACAUCCUAAUUUACUGGCAGUAGUGGAUGAGAUCAGUCAUGCAGGUCAAACAUUAGUGGGGCAGAUUCUGUUGGACCAACAUGGACACUCACUGCCUGCGGAGAUUAAAGAAAUUCAGAAUUGUCACAAGGAACACCUGUAUGAGAAAACGCAUAAACUGAUGGAGUACAGUGCGCCAGGAUCUAACAAAGAUUCUCGACAUGUCUCAAUUUCUGACCAUUAUUUGGAUCUGGUUCUCCUCUCCAGCCAGAAUUUCAGAAGUCGUUCUCAACACGAGAUUUUAGACACUGGAGGUAAACACGAGUAUUACUUGAAGAAAGCCCAGAGUUCAUUGGAACUCAUUGCCCCCAGGAGAUUGUUUCGCUGGUGCUAUCGGUCAGGAUGUAGUCCUCAAAGAGUAAUGGUGAGCGGAGUCCCUGGAGUUGGGAAGACCACGCUGAUGCAGAAGUUUGUCUAUGACUGGGUGCAUGGAAAGCUCUAUCAGAGAUUUGCUUUUGUCUUUUUCUUCAAAUUUCGUGAACUUAACAGAUUGAAAGAGGUUAGUCUGGAAGCAAUGAUUCUUCAGCAGUAUCCCUAUCUUCUGAAACACCUCAAAACCAUCUUACAGGAUCCAGAAAAACUGCUUUUUAUAUUUGAUGGUUUAGAUGAAUGUGAUCACCAAAUGGAUUUCUCAUCAAGUCAGGAUUGCACCAAUGUACAAUGGCCUGGAAGUGUGAUUGUGGUCAGGUUGCUGAAACAGUCUCUUCUCAAAGGUUGUUCUGUGCUAAUGACCAGCCGCCCAACCAAGCUGUCAUUAAUAGAUACCAGUCUUUUCCAACGAGUUUCUGAGAUCAUGGGAUUCUUCCCCAAAGAACGAGAGAUGUAUUUUGAACGAUUCUUUGGAAACAAGGAACUGUCAGAGAAGGUGUUUUAUUAUGUGAGGGAGAAUGACACACUAUACACUUUCUGUUAUAUCCCAUCCUACUGCUGGAUCAUAUGCACGGUUCUAUCAAUGUCCUUCAAAGAUCCAACAGAAAACACUAAUCAGAAUUUUUUGCCCAAAACAGUGACACAACUCUUUGUGGUUUAUGUCACUAACAUUCUGAAAAAUCACAGUCCUGGUACAGACAAUGCUCGGAAACUCCUAACAUCCAUCGGGCGGAUGGCAGAACAUGGAAUGAUGAAUCACAGUCUUGAGUUUGAUAGAAGAGAUUUAGAUUCAUUCAACGUGGACACAUCCUCAAAACUCUUAUCCAGUUUUUUAAUUGAAUCUGCCCAACCUCCUAAUUUGACCUUUUCAUUUUUACAUCUCAUAAUACAAGAGUUUAUUUCUGCGUUAGUCCACUAUCUUGACUAUUUUCCUGAGAGGCUAAAGAAAUCCCUAGAAGAAACCAGAUCUUUUGAAGAUGGCCGUGCUGAAAUAUUCUGUCGGUUUCUCUGUGGUCUGUCCGAUAGGUCGACUAGGUCUCUCUUAACCCCUUAUUUGGGAGAGCUCUCUCAGAAAGCCUCCAUAGAUGUCAUCAAUUGGCUUUCAAAUAGUAUUUCACUGGAAGAUGAACCUAUAGAAGAUGAUGAUGAAGAGUAUGUAAAUUUGCAGAUAAAAAAGCGUCUGAAUGUGUUUGCUAAAUUCUUUGAGUCCCGGAACAAAACUGUGGUGUCAAAUAGUCUUGGACCAAAAGUAGAUCUAGAUUUUUCACAAAUCCACUUAACACCUGUGGACUGCACCGUGUUGGCUUUUGUCCUUGAGUCUUGCAAAGAGGUUGAAAGCCUUAAUCUAGAUACCUGUUUUAUUCACAGCGAGGGACUGGAGAGACUAGCGCCCAUUCUUCAUCACAUCCGGGAUCUCAGGCUGUCCAACAAUGACCUGAAUGAUAGUGAUACUGAGCGAUUAUGUGAAAUACUAGCACAUCCACAGUGCCGGAUUCAGAAGCUAAGCCUGAGGAAGAACUCUCUGACAGAGAAAUCCUGCACGGUGUUGGCUUGUGCAAUAAGUAGUAACCAGAGUCUGCAGGAACUCGACCUCUCCCGGAACAAUCUCACCGGGCCACACUUCCAUGAACUGAUCACCGCUCUCUCCAGUGACACGUGCAGGAUAACACAUGUGGCGCUCCAGCAGGUGAAGAUGACAAAUGAAUAUUCCCAUUUACUGCCGUCACUGAGUAACAACAAAAACCUCACACACCUGAAUCUAAACCAUAAUUUCUUCUCCGAUGCCAGCACCCGUUACAUCGAGGAUCUUAUACUGAAAUCAGACAACCUAAAGGAGAUCAGAUGCAGACCCGCACAGAGACACAUGUAUGUCUAUCAAAACCGUAACAAUGGCCGGUGCCUGAGGGCAAAGUAUCCUGGAGUGAUUGGAAGCUACAAUCAGCUGGUUGGGAGAAGCUCCUGGAUUGGACAGCGGAGAGUCAGUGACGUCCGUAAGUUCAGCCAGCAGCUGAGUAACUUCAGAGAUUCAGCCCUGAGGAGGAUAUACAAGUAUGUCAGGAAUGAUCUGAUCUACAUUGCGGAGUCCUUGAAUACUCAGUCCCUCCUGAGUGAGCUGAAAGCUCGGACUACACUUGAAGUGGAGCGCUAUGCACUAAUGAGGAAAAACCUCGGUGCCUGCACGUUUUCGGUGAAAUUGGUGGAAGACGUUUUAAACGGGGGAAGAGCAGCUGUGAUAGGACUUUUGGAAAGUCUCUAUGCUCUAAAGACUGGCUGCUCAGAUCCUAAUUUACUGGCGGUGCUGGAGGAAAUCCGUCAUGCAGGUGACACUCUGGUACAUCAGAUCAUGCUGGAUGAACAUGGUCACAACCUGAAUCCUGAGCUGAGAGACAUCCUAGAACAUCAUAAACAACAUCUGCUGGAGAAAACGCAAAACCUUGUGGAGAACAAGCCACCAGGGUCUAUGCGGGGAGAACAAAGUUUCUACAUUUCAGAACGUUUUGUUAACUUGAUUGUUGUCUCGAAUAAUCAAGUCAGGCAACAUUCUCAAAAUGAGCUAAUAAAGAUUGGGGUAAAACAUGAGCGAUGCAUGUAUAAAACCAAGAGUGUUAUGGAACAUAUUGAUCCCAACAGACUGUUCCGCUGGUGUCAUCGCUCAGGAAGAGUGCCCCGUACAGUGAUGGUAAGAGGAGUCCCGGGAGUAGGGAAGACCACACUGAUGCAGAAGUUUGUCUAUGACUGGGUGAUUGGAAAGCUCUAUCAGAGAUUUGCGUUCGUCUUUUUCUUCAAAUUCCGUGAGCUCAACAGGCUGGAUGAGGUCAGCUUGGAGUCCAUGAUCCUUCAACAAUACCCGUAUCUGCAGUGUCAGCUUGGCAACAUCUUACAGGAUCCAGAGAAGCUGCUUUUUAUCUUUGAUGGCUUAGACGAAAGUGUUCACCAAAUGGAUUUCAGAGCAAGCCAGCUGUGUCGUAAUGUGAAACAGGUGGAAAACCUUGGUGCCAUUGUGGUCAGUUUAGUGAAGCAAUCUCUUCUGGAGGGCUGUUCCGUACUUAUAACUAGUCGCCCAGCCAAAUUGGCAUCCACCGAUACUAGUGUAUUCCAGCGGGUUUCAGAAAUCAUGGGAUUCUUCCCCAGGGAAAGAGAGAUGUACUUUGAACAGUUCUUCAGAAACAAGGAACUGUCAGACAAGGCUUUUCAUUAUAUUAGGGAGAAUGACCUACUGUACACUUUCUGUUAUAUCCCAUCCUACUGCUGGAUUAUCUGUACGGUACUAUCAAUGUGCCUCAAAUCCCAGCCAGCAAAUCAAGAGCAGCUGAUGGUCUCCAUGCCCAAAACAGUCACCCAACUCUUUGUGACUUUUGUUGCUAACAUUUUGGCCAAUCACAGUCAGGAUAAAAGUGGUUACAAAAACCUAUUGACUUCCAUGGGUUGGAUGGCAGAACAUGGAGUAAUGAGUCACCUCAUUAUAUUUGAUGACCGACACCUGGGAUCGUUUCAUGUAGAUGCCUCCUCCCAUCUCUUGUCAAGUUUUAUGAUGGAAUCCAAUGAACCUCCCAAUGUGACCUUUUCUUUCCUACAUCUCACCAUCCAGGAGUUUCUUGCAGCUUUAGUCCAUUACAUUAACUGUUCUCCUGAAAAACUGCAGAAAUCUCUCAAUGAGGCCAAAUCCCAUGAAGAUAAUCGCGGUGAAAUAUUUCUUCGUUUCCUCUGCGGUCUUUCCGAUAUUUGCACUUGGUCCAUUUUAAAGCCUUAUUUGGGCGAGAUGUGCACUCAAACUCCAAAGGUUGUCAUCUCCUGGCUCAAGCAAUCCAUACUUGAAGUAUGGAAGGUGGAUGAGUACAAAGAUGACAAGAGGCAGCUUCUCAACGUGUUUGUCUAUCUCUUCGAGACACGGAACAAGGCUCUGGUGCUAGAAUCCGUUGGGUCAUACAAAAGUUUUGACUUCUCCUAUGUCCACCUGACGCCUUUGGACUGCAGUGUUUUUCCGUUCAUCCUUGAAUCAUGCAUAGAGACAGAAAAACUUAAUCUAGAGUCAUGUAAAAUUCAAAACGAGGGAUUGGAAAGACUUUUACCUGGUCUGCACAAUGUACAGGAGCUGAGCCUUCGUGACAACAAUCUAACGGAUGGCGCUGUCCAGUUUAUAUCUUCUACAUUAAGUCGUCCUAACUGUAAGGUCCAGAAACUCUGCCUGAGUGACAAUCUCCUGACAGACGCUUCCUGCUCCCGGUUGGCAUCUGCAAUAGGUAAAAACCAGUCCCUGAAGAGCCUGGACCUGUCUUAUAACAACCUAGAGGGCCCUCACUUCAGUGACCUGAUGGCAGCUCUGUCCAGUGCGACAUGUAGGAUAGAGGAAUUAAUUUUGAUUCGUAGCGGCCUGACGGGCGGCUCAUGUUGUCACUUGGCGUCUGGGCUAAGCCACAGCCAGACUCUCCGGAAACUUGACCUGACCGAUAACCGACUUGAGGGUCCUCACUUCAGUGAUUUCUUGUCAGCUCUGUCCAGUCCAACAUGCGGGAUAGAAGAGUUAAUUUUGAAUUGUAAUGGCAGACUGAUGGAGAGUUCCUCUGUUCAGCUGGCAUCAGUAUUGAGUCACAGCCAGUCCCUGAGGACACUGAACCUGGUUGGAAGCUAUCUUGUCGGUCCUCUCUUCAGUGACUUGAUGACAGCGGUGUCCAGUCCAACCUGCAAGAUAGAGGAACUAAUUGUGAGAGAUAACAGCUUGGCAGAUGGUUCCUGUUCCCAGCUGGCAGCGGCAGUACGUAAUAACCGGUCUCUCAGGACACUGGACUUGUCUUAUAAUAACCUGGCUGGUCCUCACUUCUGUGACUUGAUAACAGCUCUGUCCAGUCCAACAUGCCGGAUAGAGGUGUUACUGCUGGAGAAGAUCGGGGUGACAGAUAAGUACGCCCCGAUAUUGGCGUCACUGGGUAACAGCAAGAGUCUCACCCAUUUGGACCUGAACCGUAAUAAUAGCUCAGAUGAUGUGUCCAUCCUUAUCAGGGAACAAAUUCUGAGGUCACACAGCCUGAAGGAGCUCAAAUUCUCAUUUAAAACAUUUACCCGAGGAGAAGCUGGAUCUGGAAAUUUAGGGGAAUGGAUGGUGGAUGGAGUAUUACUCCUAAGUUACGGCAUUCUCUACCUGCCUCCCAGUCUCAUGCAAGACAAUGUCCUGGAGGUGGUUCUGCAGGUGGGGACAUUCCUGAAGGAUCAUCUCCUCCAAGCUGACCUCAUCCAGCCGGUUGAGUUCCUGGAAUUUGAAAAAGAAGACAAAGAUUCUGAGCUCUCUCCAGAAGAUGUUGCUUGUGAAGUCCCUGCAGAUCUGCCGAAUAAACAAAAACAAAAAUAUAAUGGUUUCAAAACAGGACGCGUUACGCCCCUGGUAGUACCAUCAAUAGCUAAUGAGAUUGUGGGAGAUAAGGUUGUGCGGGAGGGAAGGAAGAUGAUCAGCUCAGUCAUAUUAGACACGUUAAGUGUAAGAAAGCGCUGGGACAUCCAGGAAGAGAUAGCAGAGAGACAGAUACAAGUGAGGAAAGAUGGUGUAGUAGAGUGUAAGCUCUCAUGGACAGAAGCCGCUCUGUCUUCUGAUCUCCCGGUAUUUGCUCAUUAUCAGUGUCCCUUCUUCAUACAGACUAUAGACAUAUUGGAGGUGAGAAUAAAGAGAGUCACUGCUGAUGACCAAUGGGCACUGAUGAUGUCACAGGAUGUGUCUCAGGCGCGCACUGAGCAUGCUCCUGCCAGUACAUGGGCUGCUCCCUCUCUCAUUAAUACUCUCAGCUGCCCGGAGUCAUGUGAAAGGUUGUGUCGCACGAUCACCCUGGGGAAACAGAAAAUGGGUCAGACCACUACAAGGCAUUCUGUUAAAGAUGGCAUUAAGAGGUUCCAUCAGCAGCUGUCUGACUACGGAAUGCAGGAGCUGAGAAUUAUAUACGAGUAUUAUAGAAGGGAAAUGAUCUACAUUGUGGAGACCACGGACACUAAGAUCCUGCUGAGGGAGCUGGCCUCUCGGAAUGUCCUCUUUGAUGAGCAAUACGCGGAAAUGGGAAAACCUCUUGGCCCCUCUGAGUUUUCUGAGAAGUUGGUACAAGACAUUUUGGAGCGAGGAAGAGAAGCCGUGAUUGGAUUCUGGGAAUGUCUCUAUGAUCUAGAAGUGGAGUGUUCAUGCAGUAAUCUGAUCACAGUGCUGGAUGAAGUCAGUAUAUUAGGUGACACGCUGAUGCAGCAGAUCCUAUUGGAUGGACAUGGCCACUCAUUAACACCGGAGCUGAAAGAUGUGCAGGAACAUCACAAACAACACCUUCUGGAGAGAACUCAGGAUCUAGUAGAAAACAGAAAAUCAGGAUCUACGCAAGAAAAUGAAAGUUUCUACAUUUUUGAACGUUGUAUGGAUCUGAUAGUUGUCUACCUUGACCCCUUUCACGAGCUGCCUCAACACUGUCUCUUAGAGAGUGCAGAGAAACAUGAGGUUUAUUUACAAAAUGAACGAAAUAAUAAUCUGGAAUUUAUUUCCCCCGAUAGACUGUUCCGCUGGUCACACUGGUAUAAAUGUGUGCCUCAUUCAGUAGUAGUGAGCGGAGCACGGGGUGUAGGGAAGACCACACUGAUGCAGAGGUUUGUCUAUGACUGGGUGCAUGGAAAGCUCUAUCAGAGAUUUGCCUUUGUCUUCUUUUUCAAAUUCCAGGAACUCAACCGGCUGGAUGAGGUCAGCUUGGAGGAGAUGAUCCUUCAGGAAUGUCCCCAUCUGCAGAACCACCUCCAGGACAUCUUACAGGAUCCAGAGAAAAUGCUCUUUAUAUUUGAUGGCUUAGAUGAAAGUGUUCACCAAAUGGAUUUCAGAUUAAAUAAAUUGUGCAGCGAUAUAAAGCAGAGAGAAAAUCUCGGUGUGAUUGUGGAUAGUUUGGUGAAGCAGUCUCUUCUCAAGGGAUGCUCCAUACUAAUCACUAGUCGGACAACAAAACUAUCAUUAGUAGAUACAAGUGUUUUCAAGCGAGUAACUGAGAUUAUGGGAUUGAUCCCCAGGGAAAGACAGAUGUACUGCGAGCAGUUUUUCAGGAACAAGGAAUUGUCAGAGAAAUGUUUUCAUUAUAUGCGGGAUAAUGGGACACUAUACAACUUCUGUUAUAUCCCGUCCUUCUGCAAGAUGGUGUGUACAGUAUUCUCAUCAUGCUUCAAGGACUGGCCAGCAAUCCAUGAUCAGCCAAUGUCUCCAUUGCCCAAAACGUUGACACAACUCUUUGUGACCUAUGUUGCCAACAUACUGUCCAAUCAGAGCCAGGAGAAGGAGUGGGCUCGGGAACUGCUGACAUCUAUUGGGCGUAUGGCAGAACAUGGUCUAAUGAAUAACAUUGUUGCAUUUAAUGAACGAGAUCUGGAAUCAUUUAAUGUGGACCCAUCCUCACAGAUCUUUUCAAGCUUUAUGAAGAAAUCAGAUCAUCUUCCUAACAUGAUCUAUUCCUUUAUACAUGCCACUCUUCAGGAUUUUUUUGCUGCCUUGGCCCAUUAUAUUAACGAAUGUCCUGAGACGUUACAAAAGUCCCUUGAAGAAGCCAAAUCAUAUAAUGACGGCCGUGGUGAAAUAUUCCUUUGUUUCCUCUGGGGUCUCUCAGACAGCUACACUAGGUCCAUAUUAGAGCCUUAUUUGGGAGAACUGUCUUCUCAGACUGUCAGAGAGGUCAUCAAUUCAGGAGAACUGUCUUCUUACACUGCGGGAGAGGUCAUCACCUAUCCAGAAAUCCCCAUUACUGACUUUGACAAUUGGGUAGAAGAAAAGAAAAAUCUUCCCCGAGUGUUUUUCUAUCUCUUUGAGACCCAGAAUAAGGAUUUGGUUUUAGAAUCUCUUGGAUCCCACAGAAAUAUUCACUUUUCAAAAGUCCACCUGACCCCUCUAGAUUGCACGGUGCUGUCCUUUAUCCUCCAGUCCUGUAGAGAAACAGAGGAACUGCACCUAGAUCAGUGUAACCUUCACAGUGAGAACAUGGAGAGAUUUGCGCCAGCUCUACACACCGUAAAUCAUUUAAGACUUAAUGGCAAUAAUCUGCGAGAUGACGGACUGUGGACCGUAUGCACUGCGCUAAUCCACCCUGAGUGCAAGAUCCAGACUUUGUGUUUGGGAGGUAAUAAACUCACAGACGUGUCCUGCUCACAACUGGGAUCAGCAAUAAGAAAUAACCGGUCGCUGAGGAUACUUUACCUAGGGUAUAAUGCACUGGGAGGCCCUAAUUUCAGUGACUUGACGACAGCUCUGUGCAGUCCAACAUGUCGGAUAGAAGAUUUAGGCCUGACGUAUUGUCACCUGACGGACAGUUCCUGCUCCCCGCUGGCAUCUGCAGUAACUAAUAACCAGUCUCUGCGGGUUCUAUGUCUGACUUGUAAUGACUUGACUGGUCCUCACUUUGGUGAUUUAAUGACAGCUCUGUCCAGUCCUCUCUGCUGCAUAGAGGAAUUACAGCUCCAGUACUGCUCGCUGACAGAUGAACAUUUGCCGCUACUGGUGUCUCUGAGUAAUAACACAAAGCUCAAUGAACUGAAGCUGAGCAAUAAUCACUUUACAGACUCCGGAGCCGGGUACAUCGAGGAACUGAUACUGAAGUCGCCCAGUCUGAAAACAUUCUGGCUCUGUUUCAAUCACAUGUUGUCCAGAGAUGUUAGACAGAAGUUAUUAAACCUGAAAGAUCACAAGCCAGGCCUGAACAUUUACAUUGACUAAACAAAUAAGAAAAAUGAUGGACAAAUUGCGCAGAGUGGACGGCACAUCCAGGUCACCGGUUUUGUGGCGGAUGACGCUUUCUCCGGACUAUCCAGAUUAUUUUACAGACAGAAGAAUAGACUAUAAACUUGAAAAAAGAUUGUUCUAAGUGUAUUUAACAGUACGUCUUCCCAACCCAUGGAAUCAUAAGAAUGGCGCGACUGACACCAUGGCGUGUUGCAAGUUAUAUGUGUUGAAAAUGCAAUAAAUUCCUCUAACUGA